UUCGCCAGCGAACGUACGAAUUAUGGCUGUCCUUUUCGUGAAUAACAACGCGGGUGUCGUGUUCGCGGCUUGCCGUACGGUGCUUCUCGUGCUUGCUGCUAUUCUUGUUCUCGCCGAAGCUGAUCAGAAACCAUCGGCGUUGAAGAUCGAAAAGCUGUACGUGCCAGAGGUAUGCGACGCGAAAUCCAAGAUCGGUGACCAGCUGACGAUGCACUACACCGGCACGUUGCAGGACGACACCAAGUUCGACUCAAGUUUGGACAGAGAUCAGCCGUUCGCAUUCCAGCUGGGAGUUGGCCAAGUUAUUAAAGGCUGGGACCAAGGAUUGUUGGAUAUGUGCGUGGGUGAAAAGAGGAAGUUGACCAUACCGCCGGAACUCGGAUACGGGGAGAAAGGAGCCGGAAACGUAAUUCCUGGAGUCGACGAACGAUCAGCCUGGAGGGAUAUAGAAUUUGGGAAGAAAGUUGAUCCACGUUGA